UCGUCUGUGUCCACGUGGCAACUUGACGCUACUGGAAUCCGCCGAGAGCUGUGAAAUCCCGGAUGAUGUCGUUUGCCCAGUACACACAAGGUACACUGACUCUCUAUGGGUGAACCCAUACUUCGACUGUGAUCUUGGUUUUACCUGGAUGGUAACCUAUGCAGCACCAGUGGCAGUGUACCACAACAAAACAGUACACUAUCUGGGAAUGGCUGGAAUUGAUAUUGAUCUUGGGAGGAUACAGAUCAGCCAAUGCUCUGCCAACAUAGCGAACUUUACAGGUGCAAACGUGUUUGCAGACACAAACAUGUGUGAUCUGGCUACGUCACAGUGUCAAACCGUCAUUGACACGAACGAUUUUAAACUACGCGAUGGUAACUAUGUGUGCAAGUGCAAGGAAGGUUUCUACUACCCUCAUUCUAACAACUCUGAAUCCAUCAGUGGAUUUCAGCUGUCGGAAAGAGUGCGCAAUUUGAGCGCUAGUUCAUGCGAGGCAGGUAUUCUCGCUGAGCUGCAGUACUUCAAGUGCGAGAAGUGUCCCAAUCGCUGCCGGACAUGCACAUCCAGCCAGGACGAUUGUCGCUACAAGACAAAGCUAGCUAUCGUGCUUCCGUUUCACAUUGUCAAUAGUCUAGCAGUGGUCCUCAUCGUCGCAUUGCUCAUCUAUGUCAUUGUAAAACGGAAGGAGGCCCCGAUUAGGUCGGCAAGCUGGCAGUUCUUGGUGGUGAUUCUGAGUGGCUGCUUGUUGGCAUUUGCUGGCCUAUUUGGAGAGAGCCAGACAUCGAAAGUGACAUGUAUCAUGUUCCACUGGACAGUUGAAGUUGGAUUUGCCCUGAGCUAUGGCAGCAUACUGCUGAAGAGCUGGAGGGUUGAACAGAUCUUCAGCAACAAGGCCAUGAUCAAACCGCGUGGUAAGACACGAUUGACGAACAACGACCUAGCUCUGUAUCUGGUUGUGUUCGUUUUGCUAUUCUGUGUUGUGCUAUCUGUGGCAACAAGUGCGGAUAUAUUGACAGUCGAAGAAGACAAAGAGAUCAUUGACCACCAGCCCUACUACUUUGAUCGCUGCAACGAUAAGAGCUUCAAGUACUUCCGGCUAGUAGUUCAUUUGACUGUAGUAUUGUUUAAUAGUUUCCUGUGCUUCAAGGUUCGACGAGUACUAAGUGAUCAUGCGGAGAGCCGGGAGAUCUCCAUCAUUGUCUACCUGUCGAGCCUGAUUGAAAUCUUAGUGUUCAUUGGCAAGGCAGUGCUGGAGACCACACCUGAUAUUCAGUAUGCAGUGCGGUCUCUGGAGGUGUUCUUCCAAUUUGGCGUCAUGCCAGCCGUUCUUUACUUACCCAAAGUCCGGCGGGUCGAGUGGCCAACCAAAGAGAAGCUAGCACUCAGCAAGGCCACCACAGCUGAGAUGCGUUUGAUGCGCGACACCUGCGCUACAGCGCUCCGUCGCCGCGGCACAGUCUCGCUGGACUCGGUGCAUCGCGACAGCAUCCUGGACUGGGCACAGCAGCACCCAGACUCUGCGCCGGGAUAUGCGUUUUCAAUGAAAGGUGGCGAGCAACGCCGUCUUGCCAGUGAGUACAAUUCUGCGUAUGAUUCAAAACCAUCUCUACGCGGCUUGAUCGGGUAUAUUAGUAGAUCUGUAUUUUUACUACCACGCAAAUCCACAGGCAGUGGUGAUGGUCAACCAGCGAGAACCCAACGUUCUCAAUCGUUACCACUGCGGUCUGGUGCUGCUUCACUUGUAUCACGUGACUGUCCUAGAUCAUCUGGUGUGUCAUCAUUGGUCGCAAAGAGUUCCAUAAGCUCGUUAGGAACCAUAUCCGAGGCUUCUGAGAAUCCACCCGUCACUUCCCUCUGCCCUCUUUCUUCGACCAGUAUCACGACUAAUGAAGACGUCGUCGUAUUUCCAGCCUGCACUAGCAGUGCUGGCUUGAGCUCGCUCACAACCAAUAGCUUUGAGCUGGAGCGGCGUCACAGCACGCCCGCAAGAGUUGGCGUCUGCUCCAGUAAAAACAGUGGCCCGGCUGUCAUUGUGACCACCCAGAUGAAAACUAUGGCUACCUCACCGACCUCACGAUACAGUGAUGUGCAAGAGGUGGAUGAAUCAGAACUAGUGUUGCCGUCGCCGGUGAAGAUUACAGUGACCGGUACUCAGGAUAUGGAGGAGGCCAUAGUGUGAUUGGUGCGAUUUAGUGCUCUGCUAACUUACCAGGUACUGGGAAAGUCAUAUAUAUAACGAAGUGCUAACUCUAGCGAGUUAGCGAGGAGAAAUCUGUAGUUAAAAUAGAAAUCGUUAUACAGAAAUCGAUACAUAUACUGUCCUAUUGAGCGUUGAGAAUGAGUGAGUGCACGUAAACUAGUCAAUUUUGGGAAAUCGUUAAAUAUGCGCCUCGUUAGAACAAUGGCUUUUACAGUAAGCACCAGAAGUAUUUCCGCUGAGAGCCAACGCCUAUCAUAUUUUAAUAAAUUGCUGUUUUUAGUUCAACAAGUUCUAGCUAUGUCAUGGUUGUUCAUAGCUGUUAUUUGCUUUCAGAGUACUGCACACCGACAUAUUCACACUACAACCGGUUGGAAACUCUGAGAACAUUUGGUGGCACU